CGAGAACGGGAUGCAAAAUAUUGACAACUCGGAUUUUUGUUUUGAGUGACAUCAUAAUGACAUGGCGCAGGAAGUCGAAACAGCGUCCCUAAUUGGAUUGCCGAUGAUAUUACAAGUGAUGGAGGAUGGAUAAAGAUAUACCGUCAGACACACAAAGGCAUGACCAGCCAGCAAGUAUAGACCACGUACUGACGCUAAUCAACAGUUUAGUCAAAGAGAAAAACUUUCAAGAUGCUUUAGAACACACAAACACUGCCUUAGCUAAAUACAGAAACAAUGAAAAAUUACAAGAAAAGAAGAUCAAAAUCCUGUGUCAUCAGGGAAAGUUUGAAGAGGCAUUUGACCUGGCCAAGAUCUGGAAGGAAGUUGAACCACAGAGUGCUGUGGCCGCUAAAGAAUUUAAGAAAUUAAAGAAGGUCAUUCAAGUUUUACGCGAUCAGGAUUCAGAAGAAGAAGAGGAUGAGGAGGGAGAUGACAGCCCCCCUCCCAAAGCACCCACUCCCCCCACAAACCCCACCCAGACAGAACCUACACCCACUCUACCGGCACCCCCAGCACCACCCACACAGAAGUCAGAGAACGAAGGAGCAUGUGCUCUGAAUGAUGAAAAGGACGAUGAAGAUUUUAGCUGCACGUUUUGUGACAUCAAGUUCGUAUCUGCCAGCGAGCUCGAGACCCACUGUCGGAGCGACCUACACAAAAAACGAAUCACGUCGGACGAAGAUCAGAACUGGAAAUAUCGAGUUCCGCCCAGAAAUCUGACCAGUGAGGAAUUCACCAUUUGUCGCAGUGUUUUAGACGCUGACUCGAAUCGUUAUGAAGAAACCAGAAAGUGCACGUUUGGGGACAAAUGUACUCAGGCACACUCAAAGGAAGAGCUUCAGGAAUGGAAGGAACGCUUCAAGUUCCGGACACAGCAAAUCAAGCGUGCCCGUGACAAACAUCUCCACGGCAACACGUACGCGGAACAGCUGAUGGAAAAACUGGUCAAUGCUGAAAAUUCUAAGUCUGUGAUGAUACAAAAUGUUGAGUAUGCUAAAGUCCAUGUGAAUUCAGAACUGAAAGUAAAUAUGACCACAAAGAAAUGUACAAAUGCUUGGACCUUCACCAUCACCAGCAAGAGAAGCCUGCACCGAGUGACCCUCCUUGACGACACUAACCGGACCUACUUCUACAUCGCCAGUAUAUCCGUGGGACCAAAGAAGACCCAGAAAUACCAGAACCUGGAGACCCACUGCCAGGAAUGGGUCAACCCCGACUACACCACACGCCAUACAGGGGAAUACGUCUACAGGGUCAAGGUUGUUUUCAAGACAGACAUUUAUGGGACUUUCCGACAGACCCUGGUUUAUGAUUUUGGAUUGGAGCCGGUUCUCAGCAGAGAGAUGCAGAUCGAGUCAGCACCCAUUACAGACAUAGAAAAACUCAGCAAGGACCUGGUGCUCAGUGAACAGGGGCGCUGGAAAGUGGAGAGUGUAGAUCUUGUACGGUUUGAAAAUAAGCCAGUACCAGAAACAGAGGAAGAAAAACAACUUUUAUCUAAGUACAGUUUGCCGGAGGCAGACAAGUUUCGUCUGUCAGAGCAUCUGAUGCACCCACCCUCAAAAGAAACCUACAGAAUCUGGAUGCAUGAGAUGCUUUAUAUCGAGGAAUGGGCUCAGAUGGACCACAUCUCUAGGUACAACAUAAAGACUUCCCUGCAGCUUGUGAACCGUUUUCUGCUGGUGCCGGGGGCCCUGAGUGGGGCUAAGUACGCCCAGGGAGGGGAACUGUUCGCUCGUAUGAAGUUAGAUGAUGAGCUGUCAGAAGACUCUGCCGGGGGGCGUCUGAUUCUGAUGAGUUCCAACGUAGCCUGGCUGGCCCCCUACAACCCUGAUGAUAAGAUGGUUUCCAAACAGAAUAAAAAGGUUUAUCAGGUGCUCCUAGAAGACAAGGGAAAGAACUUUAUAUUUUUACGGCUUCCGGAGAAGUGUGUCUCAGAGCUUAAUUUGACUUGUGAUCAGGAGUUCCAUGCAGAGAUACAGUUCCAGUUGAAUCGAGUGCCCAUGUGUGAGAUGCAUUCAGCCAUUGAUCAACUCCCCACAUUAGAUCUAGUAUUUCCCCCGCUCCAAAGGAUUCCAACAUCACCUUGGUACCCUGAAGACAUGGAGUUCAGUGAGACAGUCAGUGAGAGACUGAAUGAGAAACAGAAGGCAGCGAUUAGGGGCAUUACUGCAGCAGGAGAUAAGUGUCUACCCCCGCUACUGCUGGUAGGACCCUGGGGGACAGGCAAGACAUACACUCUAGCUCAGGCAGCAAAGCAUGCAUUGGAGGUGGAGAACAAUAGGAUCCUGAUCUGUACUCACUCCAACAGUGCUGCUGAUUUAUACAUCAAAGACUUUAUUCACCCCAUUGUAAAAGAGGGCCACAUGGAUGCUGUGCCUCUCCGUAUCUACUACCGCCACCGAUGGGUACAAACGGUGCCUGAUGUGGUCUUACAGUACUGCCUCCUAGAAAUGUCUGCGUCACAGGGUAACUUCAGGAUGCCAUCCAGAGAGGAGGUGGACAGACAUCGCAUCAUCAUCACCACACUAAAAACUGCCCGAUAUUUAUGUGACCUUGACCUCCCACAAGGGUACUUUAGUCAUAUCUUUGUGGAUGAAGCAGCACAGGCUCUGGAAAGUGAGACCUUGAUUCCCCUAUCUCUUGCUGGCAGGACCACCAAAAUCAUCCUGGCUGGCGACCAUAUGCAGUUGAAUCCAGAAGUGUACUCGGACUUUGCUAAGCAGCAAGGCUUUCAGAAGUCAAUGUUGGACAGACUGUAUGAACUCUACCCAGAUGACUGUCCAUGUAAGAUCAUGUUGUGUGAGAACUACCGAUCUCACGAGGCCAUCAUAGACUUCACCUCCGACCUGUUUUACGACGGUAAACUGAUAUCUAGUGGGAACCAGCCAGCACAUCCUAACUACUACCCGCUGACGUUUUUCUCUACCCGCGGGGAAGACUUACAACACGAGAACUGUACUGGAUUUUAUAAUAUUGCUGAGGUCCAUGAAGUUGUAGACAGAGUGGAUGACCUUCAGAAGAAUUGGCCCCCAGAGUGGGGCGAGAUUGAGGGCAACAUAGGAGUAGUUGCACCGUAUUCUGAUCAGGUUUUCCGAAUUCGAUGUGAGUUGCGGAAAAGAAAAAUGAUGAACGUCAGUGUAGAAAGGGUGUUUAAUGUACAAGGGAAGCAGUUUCGGGCUAUAAUCUUGAGUACCGUUCGGACUCGACACACCUGUAGCUCGGACUCGUCUCAGGAGGAUGUGUACGACUACGGCUUCCUGUCUAACGUUAAGCUGCUAAACACAGCCCUGACCCGAGCCCAGUCUAUCGUCGUUGUUGUAGGGGACCCUCUGUCUCUCUGUCUUGUAGGGAAAUGCAGGAAAGUGUGGGAGUACUUUUUAGAGACUUGUAAUGAACAGAAGAGCUUUUUUGGAAUGAAAUUCAGUGUCCUGAAGGCUCAGUUAAACAGUGCAGAGCUGAGGAAAACAUAUGUCCUUAACCCACUGGCCCCUGAGUUUGUCCCGAAUCGUUUGUACCAUGUGACCAGUCAGAACCACAUGACAACUGGAGCAGGGGGCCACAAUCCAGCCAACCCGGGAUAUUUUGUGGGCCAGAGAAUGAUGUACCCAGGGGCUCCAUAUCACCAGCAGAUGUAUGUACCUGUGCCAUACCAAGGCUACUACCCUCCAGUUAUGUACAGACCCUACGUGUCACCCUUUGUUGGAGGAGGAAUGGGAGGGAGAGGUCGAGUUCCAGCCAGAGUUAUCUACCCUAGACAGGUACCAGUGAGUGGAUCCUCCCCAAAGUCUUCAUCCCCUGCCAAGUCUUCUGGCUCAGAUGGCGAAAGAGUGGCUAGCCCAGACAUAACAAGAAACACAGAGUCACCUCAGGGUCAUGGGUCAAGCAAGAAAGGUCACUCCUCAAGGAGCAGGCCAAUGGUGUAUGUUCCUCGAAUCCCUGCACCUUAUCCAGCUAUGUACUAUCCAUACCAGCCUUAUCCAGGAUAUUACUACCUACCUGAGGAUCCAAGGUUAGCUCAAGCCCAUACAAGGUAUCCCUAUGUUGCACAGGGUAUUCCACCUCAAGUGUAUCCACAUCCAUACCCAGCGGGUCCGUACAUAGGUCCUGCCAUACGAGCAGCUUCCCAGGUGUCUCCUGAGAACACUCCAUCACCGGGGGAGAGGAGUCCCAACUCCCAGAGGAGUCAUUCUCUGUCCCCAGGGCCUCAAAGACCUCCACGAUCCCAGUCUCCUGCUCUGUCUCCCAACUCUGUUGCUGCAGCUGUGGCAGGUGGCCAUUUUCAGUUACUCCCUAAUGUGAAGCACAUACCAGCACAUCUUUAUCCCAAGCCAGGGAGUACAAGCAGUAACUCCAGGUCUAGUACACCCCUGGGUGGAAGGGACUCACCAGCCACUGAGAAAGCAAGUGAAGAAGUUAGGGCUAGUCUGGAGCAUGAUUAUCUGAAGUCUGUUAGUCCCAAACUGGACUUGCAGGAAAGAAGAGCAUCAGCACAGAGUCCUCUUGCUAGGGUGAUUUCUCAAAGACAAGGGUACAUCAGAGAAGAACUAGAAGCUAUGACAUCACACAGCAGUCAAAGAAUGAUCACAAACUCCCACUACCAGAGCAUGAUGGCUAAUAACAGGAGUAGCAGUGCCACACUGCAGAACGGGGCAGGGGGGAUAGAGAAGAAUGAGAAGAAGCCAUCAAAACUGGAUUUACACUCUGCCACUGGAUUCAGUCGUCAGUUUAGUGAAGAUAUUACCACUCCAACAGAAAUCACAAACCUGGUCAAGAUGAUCGACGACAUGGAUGAUCAAGAGUCAAACAAUUUAUCCCACCAGUCAUUUGCUGCACAUAAAAACACGUCGGGGCGACUGUACCUGAACAUCCCACAACAGCAGGAGGUCGUGAUGGGAGGGUCUGCCUCCUCAUCCCCACCCUCAGGCAGUCCGCCAUCCGGAGAUCAGAAACCCACCUAUGCUGGUGUCCUGAGGCGGAGAUUGCCCUCGGCCCAGGGCGAUAUUGAUCCCAGUCUGCUGGAGCCCCAAACACCACACACCCCUCUAGGAUUUACAACACCCGGCACAGAAAUAGAUACAGACCCACUGGGCAUUCUGAGGAACUUGAACAUCAAUGCAUCAGCAGAAAGUCAAAGAACGUACAAGUAUUUCUCUUAAAUCAAGUUCUGUUCACAUUUUCUGUGAACUUGUUUUUAGUGAUUAGAUUUUAGAGUUGCUGAUAUUUGUCUCAAGAACACUGAUUUUUAUUGAAGUAGCAAUGCUGCUUGCUGGUAGAUUAGAAAGUUUAUAUUGAAACCAAGACUGUUACUGCCUUAAUUGGUAAUAUUUAUUUUUGUAUGAAAAUGUCAUUCUCAUGUUGAAGUGGUGCAUAUUCUCUUUAUAUUAUAUACAUAUAUAUAUUGUGUGCUUUGCAAUUUCUUCCAACACAUAUCUUGAUUUGGUGUAAAAAAUAAAUAUGGACUUGUAAAAAUCAACAAAAUAAAUUGUUAUUUUAUUACCUAUGUAUUGUUUAAAAA